AUGUCUGGCUCACCAUUCAACGUCUUGACUACAAACGCCGUCGAUCUGCAGCGCCUCCUAGCAGAAAAUAAACUCACCAGCGUGGAAAUUGUCCAGCACUACUUUGAACAGAUUGAUCGCCAUGAGCCAUUUCUCAACGCUCUCAUUUCCGCUGCGCCCCGAGAUAAGGUGUUGAGCGCCGCUGCAGCACUGGAUGAAGAGCGUAAGAAUGGCAAAACCCGUAGCGCUUUUCACGGCAUUCCUAUUGUCCUCAAGGAUAGUUUCAUAACUGCUGAUGACCUUGGCAUGAGCACUACUUUGGGAUCAUGGGCCUUUGUCGGAGCCAAAGGAGCGAAGAACUCUGCAAUCGCGCAGCUGCUCAUAGACGCUGGUCUGAUUAUCUUGGGAAAGGGCAACAUGACUGAAUUCGCCGGCAUGAAAAUGACAACCAUCAUGUCGGGUUGGUCGAGCCACGGUGGCCAAACGCUGUCACCCUACGUCGGCGAGAUUGAAGAAAACGAGAAAUUAAUAGGGCACUCUGCUCCAGGAGGAUCUUCCACCGGUUCUGCCGUCGCUGUAGCCGCAGGCUUCAGCCCACUCGCAAUGGGAACGGAAACAAUUGGAUCCAUCGUCACUCCAUCGACUCGCAACGGCCUAUACGCUCUCAAACUGACACAUGGCACUCUGGAUACAACCGGUGUCUACGCCUUAUCAGAGUUUUUCGAUUGCGUGGGGCCAAUGGCAAAAAGCGCCGCAGACGUACGCCUGAUGGCUGAGAUCUUGUUAAAGCGCACCUUUGAUACUGCCAAGUUUGGGACUUGGGAAGGGUUGUCUGUUGGAUUCCUCGAUCCUCGCGCGUGGACAAUAGGUGAGGAAAUGUGUCCCCAGCACGAAGGAACGGCAGAGCAAAUGGUAGAAGAAUACGAAGCAGUCGUUGAACUUCUCAAAAAGAGCGGAUGUGCCUUGAAGUAUCCUGCCGAGAUUGCAGGCGUCGAAGGCUUGACCGUAGAUGGAGAGCCCGCCAUUAUGCCAAUCGCAUUUUGGGAAUUUAAAAACGCAUGCAUGCCCCGAUUUAUCGACUCGUUUGACGAAUGUCCCGUCAAGAGCGUCGAAGACAUUGUUACAUUUAAUCGAGAGAAUAGCGAGAAAGCUUUGCCCCCCCCAUAUACGGAGCAAAACGAUCUUGAAAAAUCUCUCACUUUCAACGAUAAGCCGGAGAAGAUUGAGUCCUUGAAGAGCAGAUUCCGCCCUGUUGGACAGCAAAUCAUCAACGACGCUUUCGAUACGCAAGGACUAAACAUUAUUGUGGCGCCUGGAGAUAGUUCACUCUGUAUACACGCCGCUGCAGCAGGCUAUCCCAUCGCCACCGCGCCAGUCGGACAGCUGCGAUACAACGGACGGCCAUUCGGCUUGAGUUUUCUAGCUAGGGCAAACGAUGAGGUAUCAUUAUUGCGUUUCAUGGCGGCAUACGAGGCAGUGGCUGCAGUUCGCCCUGUGCCGAAUAAUCUGGGUCCUCUGCCAUAA